AUGCAAUGUUUGCAACAAUUGGUGUCACUUGAGGAGGUGCUCAGGUCUCGCAACCUGUUGUCUGCAGCCUACAACAUCCAGCUCCUUGUCUCCAACAACCCCGAGAAAUUCCAUCCUUUCUCAGCAACCUGCCCAGAACUGGAACUGUCCGGUUUGAGGGGAAAUCAUACGGAGAAACAUGACAUCUGUAAGGUGCAAUGGUUGCAGAAUUGGAAUUCAGGUUGCUUCAGUGCGGCCGAUUGCUGCACUAAUAAUGCAGUAAUAUCCGCUAGAAUCCCGUUGAGUCCUUCCAGUACUACGGCUAGCACUCCGUCUAGUUUUCCAUCCGGUAGUACUGCUAUAAGUGUGAGUACUAGUGGUAGAGCUGGUUAUUACAUUAGCUCUUCCUCCAGUUCUGCUGCUAGCACCCCGGCUAGUUCCAAUGCUACUAGUCAUACUAGUUAUUCUACUAAUGAUUGGCGUACUACGGCUGGCACUCCGUCUAGUUCUCCAUCCAGUAGUACGACCACUAGUGCUCAUGGUGGUUGUCAAGUUAGUUAUUCUACUAGCUUCCCCGUCUAG